CGGAUCUCUUUCUCAGCACUUUCCACCAAAUCGCUGCCAUGAAUGAUGUUCCUGCCAACUUGAAUGCAGAAAUCCCCUCGAAUGGUGCCUGGCUUAGAAUCAGCUGGAUUGGUCUCUCCCAGCAUCACUCGGCCUGUUUUCACCACAUUGAGCCCCUCCCAGACCAUGGAGACCCCGGCCGACCUGUCGGAUUUCGGACCAUAGCCAACCUCGAGCGAACCUUCAUCGCCAUCAAGCCGGACGGUGUGCAGCGCGGCCUGGUGGGCGAGAUCAUCAAGCGCUUCGAGCAGAAGGGGUUCCGCCUGGUGGCCAUGAAGUUCCUGCGGUCUUCUGAAGAACACCUGAAGCAGCACUACAUUGACCUGAAAGACCGUCCUUUCUUCCCGGGGCUUGUGAAGUACAAAAAAAUCAUAUUAAUUGGAUUUGUGUAA